AUGAGGACCAGACGGAGAGGUACUGUGAGACCUCCCGGACUGUAUGUACACUCCAGUCCUCCUGCAGUGCUCCCUCCACAUCCCAGUGUGGUCCGUCAGUGGCUGCGGGGUGGAGAUGUGGACAAACUGGAGUCAGUGGUCAUUCAAGGUCAAGGCCACAAGCUCUUGGGGGAGUAUGCCUCUGACCUCAAAGUUCGAGCUUUCCUCAAGACCAUCCCUGCUUACUUGGCCCGGAUCGACAUGGUUCACGAGGCAGCUGCCAAGGGGAACCUGACGGACCUGAAGACUCUGCUGAAGCACAAUUCCGACCAGCAGUUCCCCCGCAAGAAGCUGGCCUCCCUGGCGCUGAGCAAGGAUCACUCAGGCACUGGACUCCUGCACAAGGCUGUGUACCAUGAGGACAGGGAGAUGGCAAGGUGGCUGGUAGACAACUACCCGGGCACAGUCACCGUCCGUGACAGGGAGGGCCGCACCCCCCUCCACUACUGUGGACGUUGCAGAGAUCCGGACUGGAUGUGGUCCACCCUCCGACAGGCUGGUGCAGACGCCGCCCUCUUGGAUCUUCAUGGUCGCACACCCACCUACUACAUGGAACAUCCCCAGGAGGCUAAACUUCCUACAACCCCCAACAACACUCCGGGUGGCCGCUUCACAUCCGGUGGAAACGUUCGCGGUAAAGCGAGUGGACGUCAAAGGGACGGCCCCGAUGGCGUCCAGGGCACUGGAACUGGCGACAAAGAUGGGGUUUCUAACAAGAGACUCGCAGGGGUUCUACAGGCUCCAGACGCCGAAGAAGCUGCGGGCGGUUGUGGUCAGAGCGAGGAAGGCUAUGGUGAGGAGGAAGGAGCAAAAGCGCAGAGGGAGAAGAAGGAAGGGCAGAAAGGGGAGGUCCAUGAGCAGACAUGGGGCUCGCAGGAGGAGACGUGGAAUCCCAUCCAGGUUGCUGAGGUACCGGAAGAGGAUGGUCUUGUGGUGAAGCCGGCAAACAUCCGAAUUUGGAUCCACGACCGGGAUCUGGGUCGACUGCGUGACGUCAUCUGGGAGGGCUAUGGCGACAAGCUACGUACCGAGACCAGUCAGCACCCGUCGGUGAAACAGUUCCUGGCAGGUGUUCCCUACGUCAUGGGAACAAUCAAGGACGUACACACGGCGGCAGUCAACAACGAUCCGAUCCUGCUGAGGAAGAGGACUGAAGAUCCGGUUCCUCGGGAGAUCCUUCUCGCAAAGGAUAAGAAUGGCUUAACGCCUCUCCACAAGGCAGCAGGGUUGGGCCACGAGGAGGUGAUAAGGGCCAUUCUGUCCUCCUGCCCUGAGGCUUUGUCCAGGACAGAUCGAGAGGGCAGGACUGCUCUUCAUUACGCGGCGGCAGCCAAGGGAAGUGGAACCUCUUACGACACCCUCUUAGAAUAUGGGGCUGAAGAGAAUAUUCUGGAUAAGAAAGGCAAGUCUCCUAGUCAUUACGUCCGGAACCCGAAGGAAAUCGACCAGAACCUUCUAAAUGUGAUCCCUGAUGCCCCACGGGCAGGCAACAACUUACCUCCAUCUUGGGACUGGAGUCAAUUGUGGGGAGAUGGUGAGAGGGCUGGAAGAGCGAGGCUACCCCCACCUCCACCAGCUCUCAGCAACAAUGGCGACAGUGCCUUCGAGGAUAUGGGACAGGAGGACUUAUCAGACAAGCAGAGUCCACAAAUCACAGAGAUACCAGCUGAUGGAAAGGAGGAAAUUCCUCGGCCAGGAACAUAUGAUUUAGAUGCUGACGAAGGCGUAGAAGAAGAGGAAGGAGAUGAGGAAAAGGAGAAAGGAUAUAACGCGGACACUGAUGAGCUGGAGGGACACUAUGAGGCAGAGUACGCUGAAGUGGACCCUGAAUACGAGCUAACCAAUGAACCCAACUUGAAUGAAGGUGGAAUCGGUGAUCAAACUAAACUUGGGGAUCCACCAAAUACUAUCCCUGAAGAAGGGAACGGCAGAGCAGAAGAUGGUGAAAAGGAUGUUUCAGAUGGACAUGUAGAUAGGAUUAGCCCAGAGGCGGUGAUGGAUGAGGAAGACAGAGUGCGGAGGGUAGUAGCGAGUGGCAAUAUUGAGCAGUUGGCAGCACUGGUUCUGUCGGGGGAAGGAGAGGCCUUGGCGAAACAUCGCAGUGGUAAUCCUGACGUCCAGAUGUUCAUUAACAACAUUCCCAUUUAUCAGAAAAAGAUCGAGAAGGUGCACACUGCUGCCAGGCAAGGAAAUCUGCGAGAGCUCCAGUCGGCAUUGGAUCGGCGGAAGUUCUCUGUUGCCCGAGAGAGCGGAUCUUCUUUACGUCUCACACCACUGCAUGUGGCAGUUCUGUACGGUAGAACAGCUGUCGUGAGGUUCCUGGGCAGUCGUUUCCCCGAGACCCUACAGGCCCAGGAUGCCAAGGGCCGCUCACCGCUUCACUACGCUGCUACACUCCCCGAUAAUGGCCAUUACUUCGGACUCCUGGAGGCUCUGGGCGCUGACAAGAACCUGAGGGACUUAGAAGGCAAAACUGCAGAUGACUAUCUGAAUCAUCAAGAUAAUGUGACAUACGAACAACUUCUGGCAGAGUUUGAGGGCCAAGAGGUUGGAAGUCUUGGACAAAAUUUAGAAGAUGGAGACCUCUCCGAUAAAGGUCUCAGGGAAAAGGCGGUCGUUUCGAAGUCUACAACUUCCUGCGCUCCAUUCCCGGUGUUCGGUCCAGAGGACAGCCAAUACCUCGCAGACUCACUGGGCCAGCCUCUUAUCAAGGGUCUGACGGAGGUGGCGAGCAAGAGACCCCCUGACCCUGUGAAGUACUUGGCCAACUACCUCUACACCUAUGAGGAUGACCCUAGCAAUCAAAUCAACGGCCAGCCUAAGGUAUUGGAGCAGACAUUUACGGUUGGAGAGGAUCAUCAGCUGACGGCUCCUCCACCACUGCCGGUGGAGGCCAUGGUCAGGGAGGACGGGGCGGAACAUGAAGAAGAUGGAGAAGAGGGUCAAGUCAGGCGGACUCCAGAGCCCCUACCGACUGCAUUCAAACCAACGCAACGGGACGAGUUCGGUCAGAUGAUCCUCCACUUCGCGAUGGCGCGCACUCACGGGCGAAACGCGGUGUUCCAGCUACUGCAAGAGGUCGACUGCAACAUCGCGCUCAGAGACGAGCUGUACCGCACUCCACGUGACGUCGCCGUGCAAGUUAACAUCUCCGAGAACGUCGAGGCUAUCGACAAGUACGUCGUCAGCCUAGCGGCCAUAGGUGAACUGGACAAGUUGCGAGAGCUUCUGGUGGAAGGCUACGACCACAUCCUGGACGCCAGGGACGACAACUCUACUGUAACCGAGGUCGCAAACGAGCGCAACCAAACCGCAACACUCACCUUCCUCGACUCCAUCAACAGUUUUGAGGACAAGAGGGAGAGGUUGCAUCGUGCCAUCCGAUUGGCCAGUGACAGCCAAGUGCAGGAGAUGCUGAGGUCCAACCCCGGUCUGGCUCUGGCCAAGAAUCAGUACUCCAGGUGCAGCCUACACAUCGCUGUCCUCAACCAGCACGACUCCAUCGUCCAGCACAUAGCCCAGAAGUACCCGCAGACUCUCGUCGUCGGUGAUAACCUGAUGAGGACGGCUCUCCAUUACGCUAUGGGGGUGGAGAGGGUGGAGACGCUCAGCAAAAUCCUGAUACAAGCUGGAGCUACGAGGGUUGUCAAGGAUUUGAAAGGGCGACAACCGAGUUAUUACUUCAUGAACAAGUCUGAGAUUCAAAAACUGCAAGACGAGGAAGAUAUGUUAAGGGUUUAAACAAACUAGGCAUUAUUUAUCGAGGAAUCAUCUUUGUUGUUUCUGGAUCAAAUAGUUUUUGUACACUUUGAAAUCAAUUAACCAUUUGUUGGCAAACAAAUUUAUAUUUUACAGGUAUUAUUUAUCACCAUCAUGUUCACACCCAUCCACCACACCAGUUGUUUAGGUCAGACAGUUGAUUAUCAA